AUGGCUUCAGAACAGGAGCUCUCGACCUCUUUCAUUCCAGCUCUGUAUAAACCAGCUGCUUUACUGCCUAUCGCACGUCACAAGAAGAACCUGCUCUAUCUGGUUGAAAAGUACCCCGUCACUAUCGUGGUGGGCCAAACAGGUAGUGGGAAAACAACCCAGCUUCCGCAGUACCUAGACCAAGCAGGAUGGUGCGAGGAUGGGAAGAUCAUUGCUGUUACACAGCCCCGGCGGGUGGCUGCUACAACGGUUGCAACGCGAGUAGCCGAAGAGAUGCGAUGCAAAGUCGGCGAAGAGGUGGGCUACUCUAUUCGAUUUGAAGAUUUGACAUCUCCUGCCACAAGGAUCAAAUUCUUGACAGAUGGCAUGCUGCUCAGAGAAGCCCUGGUUGAUCCUCUACUUUCGCGGUAUUCAGUGAUCAUGGUUGAUGAGGCACAUGAGAGAUCUCUCAGUACCGAUGUGCUCCUUGGGACUCUAAAGAAGAUCCGCAAGAAGCGCCCUGAACUUCGGAUAAUUGUUAGUAGCGCAACCCUCCAGGCAGAGGAUUUCCUUCGUUUCUUUGCCGGCGAGGAGUACCAGCCUGAGGCAGAGCCGGAGGAUUUGGGUGGAAGUGUUGGUCGGAUCAUCAGCCUGGAAGGACGAAUGUAUCCAGUCGACAUGUUGUUCCUUGAUUCUCCGGCAGAAGAUUACAUAGAGCGAGCAGUCAAGACCGUCUUUGAUAUCCAUACCCAAGAACCAGAAGGCGACGUACUUCUCUUUUUGACUGGCCGGGAAGAGAUCGACACAGCGAUCCAGUUGAUAUCUGAAAGAGCGGCAACUCUCCAUCCAAAGGCGCCCUCUCUGCUUCCGCUACCACUGUAUGCUGGACUCACCACGGAACAGCAAAUGUACGUCUUCGAGCCGACCCCAGAAAACACCCGAAAGGUCAUCGUCUCGACCAACAUUGCCGAGGCCUCGGUCACAAUCGACGGGAUUGUAUAUGUGAUCGAUUCCGGCUUCGCCAAGCUCAGGGCAUACAAUCCCAAUACUGGGAUUGAUACAUUGACUGCAGUGCCAAUAUCAAAAGCAUCCGCCACCCAGCGAGCUGGCCGCGCUGGAAGAACGAAGCCAGGGAAAUGUUUCCGUCUGUACACGCAACAAGCAUUCGAGCAGAUGCCCGAAGCAACGGUACCUGAAAUCCAGCGGUCAAAUCUCGCACCGGUCAUUAUGCAGCUUAAAGCACUGGGAAUCGACAACAUUGUCCGGUUCGACUUCUUGACACCUCCGCCGGCAGAACUCAUCAUUCGUGCACUGGAGCUCUUGUCGUCUCUCGGUGCGGUUGACGACUAUGCCAAACUGACGAAACCGCUUGGAAUGCGGAUGGCAGAAAUCGCUCUGGAUCCUAUGAUGGCCAAAGUCCUUCUCGUCGCGCCAUCUUUCAACUGUCUAAGUGAAAUCCUCACAAUUGCGGCCAUGGUCAACCUCCAGGGACGAAGAUCUGCCGAGAGCCACCGACGAAAGUUCGCCGUUGAAGAGGGCGAUCAUUUGACGUACUUGAACGUGUACCAGGCCUUUGUCACCAAAGGGAAAAAAGACUCAAAAUGGUGUCGCGAUAACCUCUUGAAUUAUCGAGCCUUGCUUCGCGCAGUGAGCAUCCGAGGCCAGUUAAAACGGUACCUAGAACGCUUUGGCAUUCAAGUCGACGAGACACUUUCAUCCCGUCAUGGCGCAGCCGAUUUGAGCAAGCAGCCGGAGCAGAUUCGGCGAUGUCUUACAACAGGCUAUUUUGCUCACGCGGCAAAGAUGCAGCCGGAUGGAACUUUUAAGACUGUCAGCGGUGGUCUGACUCUUCAUGCUCACCCUACUUCGUUGAUGUUUAACAGAAAAGCCGAUUGGGUCAUAUUCCAUGAAAUCAUGCAAGCGGGUGAAAAGACUUAUAUCCGCGAUGUCACUAAGAUCGAGAAGAGCUAUCUGCUGGAGUAUGCUCCGGAUUAUUACCGAGUGAGGCAGUAA